UCUGCUAUAUAAAUAAUAUAGAAUAAAAAAAAUUACUUUUCUUUCAAUUCAAAUAUUCGAUACAAAAAUGAGUAUCAAUCCAAUGAAAUGGAAAACCAGAAACGUAUUGUAUACUAGUUUAAUACUUUUGAUUUUUUAUAUAUUUUUUGUAUAUAAAAAAAAGCAUCAUAUACUGUUUGAAGGAAUAAUAAAAAAUUCAAAUCCUAUACAUAUAUGGGAAUUUGUAGCAGAUUUUAGUAACAUGAAAAAAUUAAAUCCAACAAUAGAAGAUUUUAAUAUUAUUGCGGAAAGUGGUAAUUAUGAUCAUUGGAAAUAUUCAGUUAAAUAUACUGAACAUUUAAGUUAUAUACCAAUUAUUCGAAAUACAGCAUAUGGACAUUACGCUAUACGUGAAGAUAAUAAUGGUUAUUUGAUUACUUCGAAACAUCAAACAUGUUUUUUUUCCAAAUUUGGAUGCUUGGAAUCUAUUUCACAAUUUAGAUUCGACCGAGAUGGAAUUGCAGAUACGAAGUGUAUCGAAACUAUACAAUAUGAAUGUCCAAUUCUAUUUUCACCAUUAUGCUAUAAAGAAAUUAUGUAUCAACGAGAAGAAAUUAUGAAAAGAUUGAAAUUAAGAUUUUCAGAGAAUAAAAUUAAUGAUUAAUAUUAAUAAUCUAGAUUUCUUUUGGUUUAAAAAGAAUGAAAAAUUAUUAUUCAUAUUUUUGUUCUUAAAUUCAUGAUAUAUGAUAAUGAUAUAUGAUAUAUGAUGAUUUUUUUCUGAAAAAAUGAUAUCAUUUUUGUAAAAAACAUUUUGUAUUAAAUAUAAUUGUAUAUUUUAGAAA